AUGAACAACGGCCAAUCCGGCCACCAGCGCGCGGAGAAUCGCCUCUCGGGCUCCACGUCAUGGCGGGCAUCGCGCAAUCUUAAGCUUAGCGAGCAGUACAAGGGGGGGCUCCGAGGCGGAGGAAAGCGCGUUGCGGACACCGUCGGUGCUGGCAGCAAACUCUUUGGCAAAGAUGGAAGGAAGGAGAAUGGCGGCUGGGAGAAGGGCGCAAGAGGGCUGCGAACCGGCGGCCAGCAAAGUCUCGCUGAGGUCUGGGGUGUCAGCAAGACAGGCAUGAAGGCGUCACUCGCAAAAGAUCGUGAUCUUGAUAUCGAUAGGGCCGACGUUGUUGCCAUGUCAGAUUCAGAUCAACCAUCAGCAAAUGCCGAAGACGAACGAGAUUCUGAUAUUGCUCUUCAGAGCGACUCCGCAACGCCUGCUGCGAAGCAGAUAUUCGCCGGACUAUGCUUCUACAUCAAUGGGUCUACAGCGCCAUUGGUCUCCGACCACAAGCUGAAGCAUAUACUGGCUGCACACGGUGCGAGGCACUCUAUCGCCCUGGGUCGUCGGUCUGUCACGCAUGUUAUCCUAGGAACCGCAAACCUUCGAGGCGGCGCAGGAGGUGGCCUUGCUGCAACCAAGAUACAGAAGGAAAUUGCCCAAUCCCGCGGCAAAGCUGUAAAGUUCAUAACUGCUGAAUGGUAA